AUGGAUUGUGGCGGUUUUGUUACUACACGUGACAGACAUGCGAACAAGCAUUCCAAGAUGCAAAAAUUCAACCAAGGUGAAGAUAUAAUAAGCAAGCUACCUGACGAUAUCAUUGUCCAUAUUCUUUCUUUUCUUUCUUAUAAAGAUGCAAUCCGCACUAGUGUUUUAUCACAGAGAUGGAUAUACAUGUGGACAUUUCUCACAACCCUAUAUUUGAAAGAUAAAGCUAUUGUUCGGGCUUCUUAUCAGAUCAAAACUAGUUUUAUCAACUUUGUAUGCAGGCUGCUGCAUCGCCUCAACGCUUCAAACAUCAGUAAAUUUUAUCUUUCUCUUUCAGAGAAAUAUGACCCCUACAUUUUCAGUGAGUUGAUAUCGCUUGUUUCAAAUCAAAAAGUUAAAGAGAUUUGUCUCAUUUCCCUUCAAGAAUGCAACAUUUCAUGCUACCCCAUUUUCAAAUGCCAGUCCUUGGAGAAAUUGGUGCUAUGUCUAGGUCUUUCUAUUAUCCAAUUUCCAUCUUUUGUUUGCCUUUCAUCCCUCACUGUCCUGCGAUUGACAUCAAUCAGAGAUCCAAUGAAAAUUACUUGUUACUCCUCUAAUCAGUCCAAAGAGUUAACACUUAAAUUCCCGGUUCUUAAAGAUUAUUACUCAUGUGAUUGCAUUUGGUUAGGUGUAAAACGUGUUACUAUAGAAGCGCCUCUACUUGAAGAGAUUAAAAUAAUUCGUCAAUGGUUUAUGACGUCCAAUGUUUCACAGGCAGAAAUUGAGAUUCGGGCUUCUUCUGUUACAGAAUAUUGUUAUAGUAGCUAUAUAUCAUCAGAGACCACUUUGCUAGACGCUGCACACGUUGCUGACGCUUCCAUUUGUCUAAGUGAUUCAAAUGUAGAGAAGACUGGCGAACAAAUGCAGAUUUUUGUUCGUAAACUUUUCAAUAUCAAUAAUUUGAAAUGUUUACGAGUCUUUCUGGAUCUUGCACCAAUGAAACAUUAUUUGGCUGGUAUUCAUACAUUUGAAAUACUGAGUUAUCUGCAUCUAUAUUACCCUGUCACCAUUAAAAAUUUGUUAGUCUUACUUUUAAAAUCACCAUGUCUGGAGACUCUAGUUUUACAGCGAGUAAUAGAUUCAAAAACAGAACCUCCAAAUUUCGCGAUAGUACCGGAAUAUUUUCUAUCUACUCUCAAAGUGAUAUGGUGCCCCCCGAAGCUGCCCGAAGCUGUUGUAAAGGUUUCAGAUAAGGUGAAUGACAAUGUUAGGCCGGAUGAGGUGAAGGACGAGGUUAAAAUGAUUGAUGUCGAGAUAUAUGUUCGACAAAAAUUUAUAAAUGAUCAAAUUUUCAGUGAUCGUCAACAUAUGCUUGAAUGGGUCCGAAUGGAAGCUAGCAAACUCGGGUUUGGCAUUGUGAUUGGAAGUUCCAACAAUGACACUAGUAGAAGGCAAACAUUUGUAACAAUGAGAUGCAAGAGAAAUGUAAAAUAUGUUCCAAAAAUUCGGAACUUAAAACAUGUUGACACCAGAUCGAGAAAAUGUGAGUGUUUAUUUAAAUUGCGCGGAUAUUGUACGGUGGAUGAUAUCUGGCAGUUUGAUGUCAUUUCUGGUAUACAUAAUCAUGCGUUGGACACCAAGCUUUAA